AUGACCCCCUUCCACACAAAAGCAGCGACCUGGCUCUGGGGCCCCAACCCCAAAGACCGCGCCCUGCUCUCAAAGCUAGACAUCACCCUGCUCCCCUACUUCUCGCUCAUCUGGUUCCUCUUCGGCGUCACGCGAUCCAGCUACUCUUCAGCCUAUAUCAGCGGCAUGAAAGAGGCUCUUGACUUCCAGGGGAAAGACUACAACUACAUGAGCACCGCGUAUCUCGUCACAUAUGCUGUCUUCCAAAUACCAGGGACCAGCCUGCUGACACUCGUCCGCCCGAAAUACGUCUUUGUCCCGGCGAAUGUCACCUGGAGUGUGCUGACGAUGAUUACGGUUCGGAUGACGCGUGCUUGGCAGGUUAUUCUGCUGAAUGCGAUCGAGGGCGCGUUUUCGGCUAUUGCAUAUGUCGGUGCACUGUUUACACUUGGCUCGUGGUAUAAGCGGUCGGAGCUGGGGACUAGGAACGCCGUCUUCUGCGUCUUCGGGCAUCUCGGGUCCAUGGCCGGUGGCUGGAUCCAGGCUGGGCUUCUGGAGACUCUGGCAGGCAAGGGUGGCCUCCCUGCGUGGAAGUGGAUCUUCAUCAUUGUUUCGGUUAUGACGCUGCCUGUCGCGUUGUUUGUCUACUCCCUCUGCGUCCAAAGCCUCUCCAACAAUGUCAUGCCCCUCUGGAUGGCCUCGCGCGGCUACACCGUCGUCCAGCAAAACAACUACCCAACAGCCAUCUACGCAACCGCUAUAGUCGGCACGCUCUUCUACGCAGCUCUCUCCGACCACCUCCGCUCCCGCUGGGAAGUCUCCAUCGCAAUCGGACUGACCUUCGUGAUUGGGUCUGCGAUCCUCGUUUCAGAUCCCCAUACGGCCGGAUACCUCUUCGCGUUCUACCUCCUGGGAACUACGUACGCGCCUCAAGCCGUCUGGUACAGCUGGCUAGCUGACGUAACAAGCCACGAUGUACAGCUCCGCGCCAUUGCGACUGGAUUCAUGAACUCGUUCGACUUUGCGUUUGUCACCUGGUGGCCGCUUGUCUUUUAUCCUGUUACAGAUGCCCCUGAUUUUCGGAGGGGGUAUAUUGCUAGUCUGGUUACGGGGGCGCUGACGUUGCCCUUUAUUGGGGUUAUUGCGUGGCUUGAGAGGAGGGACAGAGCGCGGGGCGUUAUUGAGAGGGAUGUGGUUGACAAAGGGAGUGGGAAUGGCAAUGGAGAUGCGGGUGUCUUUGUUGAAGACAGUGAGCAGGGCAGUUCUCCGCCUCAAGCUCGGGCAGAGGAUUUCUCGAAAGCCGGGAGUGGGCACGGUGCCGUUGUUGUCCGAUCUGCAGGGAAUGCGUAG